AAUAGAAACCAAUACAACAGCAACAUACUUUCCAGUGUCCUCAGGCUCAGGGUAUGAACACAAUCACAAAGCCUUUGCCUUCCAUCAUACAAAUAUAUAUAUAUAUAUAUAUAUAUAUAUAAAUACAAAUACAUGAUUUGAAGAAAGAUAGAUGGUGAGAAACACAUAGAUAGAUAGAGAUAGGUAGGUAGGUAUGAAGGAAGAAGGAUUAGGAGAUUGUUGUUCCUCGAAUUCGACGAUCACGAGGAAAAGCGAGAAACGGAAGCAGCAAGAGAAGCCAUACAGAGGAAUAAGGAUGAGGAAGUGGGGGAAGUGGGUGGCGGAGAUAAGAGAACCCAACAAGAGGUCCAGGAUAUGGUUGGGCUCCUACGCCACCCCCGUCGCCGCCGCACGCGCCUACGACACCGCCGUCUUCUACCUCAGAGGCCCUUCCGCUCGCCUCAACUUCCCCGAACUGCUCUCCCAAGACGACGACGUUUCCACCCAACAAGGCAACAUGUCCGCCGACUCAAUACGCAAGAAAGCCACCCAAGUCGGCGCCAGAGUCGACGCCCUCCAAACCGCGCUUCAGUCCUCCUCCUCCCACUCCGCUUCCAGCCACAUCACUUCCGAAAAACCAGACUUGAACGAGUUCCCAAAACCUGAAGAUUAAUAUCCAACCCUAUAACAUAUUUCCAGAUUCCAGAGACCCAAAUUAAGGUUAGCGCCUUAAAUAAAUCUCCACAUAUUUUCAAGGGCUAAGCCAACAAAAAUAUUCAUCCACCCAUCCACCCAAUCGUCUGUUGCUUCAAAACUUUUAUAUUAAUUUAUCAUAUAUCAUCCUUCUCAGUAAAUAUUUUCUUCCAGUUUAUUUAUAUUAAUUAUCACAACGGGUAGGAACAAACAAAUACACACACCUCAUCAGAUGAGGCUAACUUUUUUAUGAGGUGAGUAAUUCAAAUUAAGGGGCAUAAUAUAUAUUAUUAGUCGCUCUUGCGCACCUCAUGAAGAAACUGAUCACUUUAGAACUUGUUGUUGUUGUAUGCUGGAGUACUCAUAGACUGGUAGCUACUAGAUUAUAUCUCAUGUGGUCUUUUCUCAGGUCGGUGUGUUGUAGCAAUUUGUAACAAAAUAUCAGAUAUAUAUAUAUCCAUUGGCUGGGCUAGACACAGUCCAAUCAAAUUAACCGUGUUUCGUUGUUUCAGAUUU